AUGUCGGCCGUGUUACGGCUGGCGAUUGUAGUUCUCUUCAGUUUCAACGCCAUAGUGUAUGCCCAGAGUGGCGGAACUGUUACCAAUACCGUGCCUAUAGAAAUUAUACAGGAAUCAGAAGAACUUGUCACUCGCUGCUGCAAUGGAUGGUCAGACAAAGACUGUAACAUUCCUGUCUGUAAUCCUCUCUGUGCAAACGGCGGUGAAUGUGUCGGUCCUAAUCUAUGCAGCUGUCCAGAAGGUUACGCAGGAAGCGAUUGUAAAACAGCAAUGUGUGUAAACGGCUGUAUGCAUGGUUUCUGUUCAUCGCCCGGUGUGUGUACGUGCAUAACAGGAUACGAAGGAUCUAUGUGUGACAUCGCUAAAUGCGACCCUCCAUGUGUGCAUGGUGACUGUUCUGAUCCCGGAAUAUGUACAUGUAUGGACAAAUGGAGCGGCGUUGAUUGCAGUGAAGAAACUUACGUAUGUGGCCAGUCUGGCUGCCACCAUGGCGAAUGUAUUGGGGAUAAUCUUUGCGACUGCCAAGCAGGCUAUACCGGCGACUACUGUGAAGACACCGUGUGUGAACCAUCCUGCUCACCUGGUGGAAUGUGUGUUGCACCUGGUGUAUGUGAAUGCGACGCAUACCACGAAGGAACGCACUGUCAAGUUCUUGAACAGAGCCUACUGGAGAAUAUGGGGCUUUGUACUAUGAAUGGUAAACACUUUCGCUCCUUUGAUGGAACCCACUAUACGUUCCCUGGUGAAUGUACUUACGUGAUGGCGAGUGACUGUUCUGAAAUAGGCUCAACCUCGUUCCAAAUAUUAGUAAACACCGUGUAUGACUGCAGUGGUUCGUUGUGUAGAUGUGCCGUACAUAUAAGGUCCGAACUUCUCAAUAUUGCCAUUUUACCAGAUGACAUAGUGACUAUCAACGAUAGACCAAUCGAAAUACCGCACAGUAUCAAUGACGUCAUAAUAACGCAAAGUGGAACAUAUACAAUAUUGGAAGGCCUAAACGGUGUAAAGAUCACCUACGAUGGGAUGGACAGUGUUGCCAUAACCGUUGAUAGCAGUUACAUGGGCAACAUGUGCGGUCUUUGUGGCGACUACAAUGGCAACAAAACGGACGACUUCUCAAUGAGGCCAUAUAAAUAUCACGAAAUAGCAAAGAGUGUCGAAGAAUUUGGCAACGUGAUGAAAGAGACCGGCGUUGCCUGUAACCCAGUGGAGCACAUCUCAUACCCGUGCAUUUCGGUAGCCUUCGAAGAUUUGGAAUAUAUGAGAGGGUACUGUCACCAACUUGAAAACCUCGAGGCGUUUAAAGCUUGCAACGCGUAUGUCAAUCCAGCGCCCUAUAUGGAUCGAUGUCUGUAUGAUAUGUGUGACUGUAAUAUUGCUGGCGGAGAUCAAGUGCAAUGCGCCUGCAAUGCGUUCACUGAGUAUUCCAGAGUGUGCGCCCUCCACGGCAUAGUACUGAGCUGGAGAAGCGACAAAUUCUGUGCGAGAAGUUGUCCUGCAGGUGAAGUUUACUCCGAAUGUGGAUCCGUGUGCCCGAGAACCUGUUGGAACGUAGACUACGAACCGGAAUGUGCCGAUUCGUGCAUCGACGGAUGCCACUGCCCCAGCGGAACACUGUGGGAUGGUGAAAGAUGCGUCCUUCGUGAAAACUGUCCGUGUGAUCGAAGAGGUCAAAAGUACCCUGUCGGAGCAAUAAUCCCAGAUGCCUGUAACACAUGCACCUGUAAUAAUGGUAGAUGGGUUUGUACCACUAACGCCUGUCCAGGAUACUCUGCCAUCUCUGGUGAUCCACACUACAAAACAUUCGAUGACAAACAUUACAUAUUUCCCGGUUCAUGUCGAUAUGUUCUGAGUCGUAGUACGAACGAAGAAUUACCUUUUACUAUCUGGGUAGAGAAUUCGGAGUGUGGUAUGAGCUCUUUGGCUGAGUGCACCAGAUCGGUUUCAUUCCAAGUGUCGGUAGAUGGGCCUAUGUACAGAUUGAAGGCAGGGCAGCGAGUGUCUGUUGACGAAGUGGAUAUCCACGUUCCGUAUACAUCCCUAGUAGAUGGCCUCACCAUUCGCCAAGUCUCCUCUGUAUUUAUAAGAGUAGAGACUCGUAUUGGAGUUGAUAUAUUAUGGGAUGGCAUUUCACGCGCCUAUGUUAGAUUGGACCCGUCAUGGCAUGGGAAUGUGAUUGGUCUGUACGGUAACUUCAACAAUAACCCGGAAGACGACUUCCUGACUUCUUCGGGUGAUAUAGAGAUUUCAAGUACUCGAUUCGCGAACCGUUGGAAGACCGACGGAGAAUGCGCCGACGUUGACGAGGCACAAACCCGUAGCAACGCCUGUCAGUAUGCUAUCGACUUUGAAUUAUAUGCUCAGGCAAUAUGUAGUAAACUCUGGAAAGGUGCCUUCACAAAGUGCAACACUCAUCUCGAUCCACGAGAGUACAUUGCCCAAUGUGAACACGAUAUUUGCCAGUGUGCACUGAGAUAUGAAGUCUACCCCGGUAACUGCGAAUGUACCGCGUUCGCAUCUUACGCGAGGGAGUGCGCCCUCAGCGGUUAUCCACUGGACUGGAGAGUUGACUCGUGCACCGUGAGCUGUAGCAGUGGGAAGAUUUGGUACGAAUGCGGUCCGAAUUGCCGACAGACGUGCCGAGAUAUCAGUAAUAACCGAGAGUGCGUCGAAGAAUGUGUGGAAGGAUGCAACUGUCCAGUUGGUACGGCAUGGGACGAAGAAAUCAGCCAGUGUGUGGCUAUAUCUGAUUGCCCAUGUUAUUACAAGAGUGCGUCCAGUAUGACGUCAUUAAUGUAUGCACCGGGAACAACUCGAAUGGAUAAGUGCAACCACUGUGUUUGCCAAAAUGGCCAGUGGGAUUGUGAAACAAAUAUAUGCGAUGAAACGGCGUUGUGCACCAAAGGCAAAGUAUGGAGUGCUUGCAUAAAUUGUGAAAGGACGUGCGCAACCUUGAGUGUGCCAUGCGUGCAGCUUGACUGUGUUGAGGGGUGUGUCUGCCCAGAAGGAACGGCACUCGAAGGAGAUGAAUGUGUAGAUAUUAAUAAAUGUCCAUGCUAUCACCAAGGCAACGCUUAUCCGAAAAACAAAAUCAUAAAAGUGGAUUGCAACUAUUGCAAAUGUCUCGGUGGAACCAAAGAGUGGAGAUGUACAAAGUACCCAUGUCCAGGAACCUGCUCUGCUUUUGGAGACCCCCAUUACGAGACAUAUGAUCACAAGCAAUAUGAAUUCCAAGGUGCAUGUGGAUACGUGUUAACGGAAAACUUCUGUGAAGGAUCUACUCCUGGGUUCUUCAGGGUUACUGUCGAGAACGUAGCCUGUGGCGUUGAGGGCGUCACCUGCACCAAAUCUAUAAGGAUUACUCUGUACAAUACCAACAUUCAUCUUGUCAAGGGAUCUGAUCCAGUAAUCACAAAUAACACUGAAAGCAGCGUCCAAGCACAGUACAACAUUUACAAGAACGGCGUGUUCCUUCAGAUAAGUACUCCAUAUGACAUAACAAUCAGAUGGGACGUCGGUACCAGAGUUUAUGUCGACUUGGGCGUAUCCCAUCAAGGCACAGUCUGUGGUCUCUGUGGUGAUUUCAACGGCAAUCCAAAUGACGACUUUGUGACUAGAACUGGUCGUAAAGAAGAACUAUCCCACCUGUUCGCUGAUAGCUGGAAAGUGAAGGAUUCCUGUCCAGGGGCCAUAUCUGACACGAUAAGUCCCUGUGAAAGUCGUCCUGAAAGACAUCGGUGGGCCCAGUCUGCGUGUGGUAUCCUCCUGCAACCAAUAUUUCAACCCUGCAAUGAUUAUGUGGAGCCAAAUAAAUAUUACACGGAUUGUGUAUAUGAUGCAUGUGGAUGUGACAGAGGCGGUGAUUGCGAGUGUUUAUGUACUGCUGUUGCUGCCUAUGCGAGAGCGUGUAACGCUGCUGGUGUGCAUAUUAGGUGGAGAGCUACCGGUGUGUGUGGGCUGCAAUGCGAGAAUGGCAUGGAGUAUCAAGCAUGCGGUGUCACGUGUCCAAGCAAUUGCUACCAAGAUAGAACCAAUACAUACCAAGGCUGCACUGAAGAGUGCGUUGAAGGUUGCCAUUGUCCAGAUGGAUUUGUCUUGUACAAGGGUAAUUGUAUUGCACGAGAUUUAUGCCCAUGCACGGAGGAUGGUGUUGAAUAUAUGCCCAACCAACUGUUUGUCAAGGAUUGUAUGAAGUGCGUAUGUAUUGGCAACAACGAAAUAACAUGUUCUGGUACCAGCUGCUCUACACCUCCAGUGAUUGAAUGUGAACCCCACGAAUACCAGUGUGAAGAUGGUAGUUGCGCAAUUCCAUGCGAUGGCGGAGUUGUCGAUUGUGUCGAUAAAGCGGAUGAACUUUUAAAUAUGUGCACGACUCCGGCAACCACAAGAUGCCCCGUGGGAAUGGUUUACCGCCAGUGUGUCGAUGCCUGUCCGCUGCUGUGUCACGCCAAUUUUGAAACUUGCGAGUACACAGGUCUUUGCGAACCUGGGUGUCAGUGUCUGGAAGGUAGAGCUAUGGAUAUAAAUGGUAACUGUAUUAGCCCACUCAAUUGCAACUGUACCUAUGAGGGUGAACUUAAAAAGCCUGGUUCUUCAUGGAUGAAUGGGAAUUGCGAAGAGUGUAGAUGCUAUGAUAACAGUGUACAGUGUGACCCAAUCAUUUGCGAACCUCUAAAUUGUCCAUCAGGCUUUGUUGAGGCUCAAGUCGGUAGCAAAUGCUGCAUGGAAUGUGUACACGUAUCAACCACUACACCCGAAGUUACUCCCACGUCACACGUGUGUCAGUACGGGGGAAUGGAAUGGCAGGCGUGCGCUGUUUGCCAGCUGACAUGCCAACAUCUCCGGGAAGGUAUCACUACGUGUGAGAACAUUCCUGUACGAACUGAUGGCGAGGGAGAUAUGUGCUGUAGGUGUGCCGAGGACCAAGUUCUCGACGCGGAAAGCGGCAAUUGUGUACUAAGAAGCGAAUGUGAAUGUGAAUACCAAGGAAUGACAGUCAUGCCCGGUUCCCCUAUCGUUGUCGAUGAGUGUUACCAAUGCUACUGCUUCGAUGGACAAGUGACGCUUAACAAUAUAUGUGAAAUUGAUUGUGCAUUCGGUAUGGAACUGGUACAACCAGAUGAUGGAUGCUGCUAUUGUGAAUCACUAACUACCACAGCCCUACCAACUACCGAAUUUAUGUGCAGUUGUCCACCAGACAGCAUCCCAUGCGAUGACUGUAGUGCUUGUUACAUCGAUGACCUAUGGUGCGACGACAGAAAUGAUUGUGAUGAUGGCAGUGACGAAAGAAAUUGUCCAUGUGAAUAUGACGGUAACACUUAUGAAAAUGGAGAGAAUUUUGUAGCCGAACUGCCGUGUAUCCACUGUACUUGUACUGAUGGCAGGACAAUGUGUGAAAAACAAUGCAACCUCGUAUGUGAGCCCGGUUAUUACAAGAAAUUGCAUGACAAUGACGACACGCAGUGCUGUGAAUGCGUUCCACAAAUAUGUCCAUCAUUCUGUGAGUGCUACCCUGGAUGUAACGGAGAUCUCACGCAGUGUCCAUUCAACGAUGACUGUCCAUCUAAUUGCAUAUGCCCAGUCGAUGCAGCCAAAUAUAAUGGUCGAUGCGCCCAUGUUCCCACGGAGGAACAAUGCAUGGGUACCACCACAUCGCCCACAAUAAUGUCAUCCAUAACUUCUAUAUAUGACGUUUGCAACUGGAGACUUGGCAUGGAGCCUGGAAGGUCUAUAUUACGCGUACAGAUUCCAGAUAGUGAUAUCCAAGCAUCAUCAUCUGCACCAGGCCACCCUGCAUAUGCGGCCCGACUGAAUGGAGACAAUUACUGGAUGCCCGAAGAUUCAUCAUCGUCUUUAAAUUACCUUCAAAUAGAGCUAUUAACUCGGAGCACAAUUACAAGUAUUGCCAUGCAAGGUGAUGGUGUCAGCAGCUACGUACCAAAAUUUGUUGUUGAUUUCAGUUUUGAUGGAAUGACCUACGAACCAGUAACCAAUGUAUUUGGUGUUGCAAUGGAGUUUGAGGGAAGUGAAAACCCUUAUGAACCAAAUGAAUUCAGACUGGAAAAAACAGAUUGGUUUGAAGCUAAGUUCAUCCGUAUAAAACCUAGACUAUUCGUUGGUGCCGUUGCUAUUAGAAUGGAAGUGAUCGGAUGUCCAAGUUGGUGUCCAAUGGAAUGUGCUUGUUUUAGGGAUGACGAGUUAACUGAGGUAGAGAUAAUGUCCGGUGUUAUGAUAAGUUGUUCUGAAGCGCAGAACUGUCCACAAGACUGCGUAUGCCAGCCACCUAACUACGUCAUGUCCGAUGAUGGAAAGUGUGUCUUCAAUGCACCACCGGAAACAACGACACUGCCACCAACUACAACUGUUCGCCAUUGUCGAUCUGAGUGUGACUGUCAAUACGACUGCGAUGCCGUCGGUGAAUGUGGAGUGUCGUUGGAAGGUUGUGAUUCAAGCUGCGUUUGUGACCCACGAGCUGACAGAUUCCCAGCCUCUCGCUGUGGAUACCACCCUGACGAAGCAGAAUGUAUCUCAGAGUGUCCUGAUUAUUGUCUCUGUCAUAAAGAAUGUGGGGCUACAGCGGGUGAAAUCUUGCCAGGUACAUGCGCCGAUCCUUUAGAAGGUUGCGCCGACGGCUGUCAAUGUCCCCUUGGCUUAUUACCAUAUGGAAAUGGAAUGUGUUAUAACCAGACAGUAAUAUGUGCUGACAACAUAGUGAGGUGUACGAUAACCGGUCAACCCCCUUCGCCACUUCCGACAUCCUACGACUACAGCUCUGUUGAUGAUAAUUUACCUCAGGAUAGUAGUGUUGGACAGUUAGAUGGAGUCGCGUGGAGACCAUUCGUAAAUAACGUAGGCGAGUUCAUUGAUCUCGUGGAUUUGCCAGACUUUGCAUUCGUUACUCAGUUGGUUGUACAAGGUGAUGAUAAUGGGAAUUAUGUCACUAAAUUUUCCGUGGAUAAAUAUGCUCAAUCGGAGUGGACACCAGUUAUUGAUCUGUCUGUUUCAUCUUCACCUGUUGAAUUUGAUGGGCCUAGUGAUGGAAACGCACAAGUCACUAUUGAUCUUCCUGGAAUGGGACCAGGGCAUAUUGGUUUCGAAGCCUCAAAACUUAGAAUAAGACCAUUGGAAUGGGUUGGAGCCAUCGGUAUGAGAGUGGCUGCGUUAGGGUGCGCUCUUCCCCCUCUACCAUCAACUACACUGAAAUCAACCACACCUUGGGUAUCGACAUCAACCCCAGAAUGCACGGGCGAAGCAUUGGUAGAACAUGACGGUGCUUGUUGUGAAUGUUUACCAAUAAGUAGUACAACCUACACAACUCCAGUUACUACAACAAUGUGUAUUCCACCAUUUGAAGUCGGUGAAGCAAGAUGCUGCAAUUUCAUGGCGGAAUGUGCAAUGGAUGCUCAUUUCUCUGGACAUACUGCAUGUGCGUGUCCAGGACUUAGUGUUUUCAAUGGAACCCAUUGUAUUUCACCAACAGAAUGCUUGUGCCUGCAUAUGGGAAGCUACUAUUUGCCUACAGCGACAUGGACAUCACCAGCAGAUCCAUGUGAGGAUUGUGUAUGUUUCAAUAACGAACCCAUAUGUGAGAAACGACCAUGUAGUCACGUUCCUGAUUGCCCGGAGGAAGAAAGGUACAUACCGUUUGGUGAAUGUUGUGCAGUGUGUCCAGAAGUACCUACCACACCGUCUCAAUCCACGAUGCCAACAACCCUUCCAGGAAUUUGUAAUCAAGCGUUGGGGAUGGCCUCUCGCGGAAUACUAGACACUCAGAUUUCCGCCUCAUCAUAUGAAGAAGGUAGUGAACCAGCAAAUGGCAGGCUGUUCAACCAACAGUCAUGGUCACCUAAGGAGAGUCAAGCUGGGCAGUGGUUGCAAAUUGAUUUUGAAUCACCAAUGAAACUGACGAAAGUUGUAACCCAAGGUAGCGGCAACGACAGAAGUCAGGUUGUAGAUAAGUACGAAAUGAUGUACAGUAUCGGUGGCGAUGUCUGGGAAACUGUAAAGCAAAUACCGCAACCAGUGUUUGGCGAAGAGUUACCUCCUAUCGAUGAGUGGAGUAAUAAGGAGUUUGAUGGCAACUUCGAUGGUGAUAUACCCGUGGAGCAGGAUAUACCAGAUUACGUACCAAGUAUGGUGUCAGUCAGAAUUGUGCCUGUCAUAUGGAAAACUAAGAUUGCGCUAAGGGUCGAGUUCUUUGGAUGCCCUUACGAAGCCCUAGGUACUCCAUCGGUAGCUACAACUACGUCAGGAACAACCUUGCCAAUUUGUUCUGGUGGCAAGGAAUUCGUUGAGUGUCCAUGCCAUGCAACCUGUACUGACUUAGCGGACAGUUCUUUCACAUGUGAUGGUAGCUGUGAAGUGGCUACUGGUUGUGAUUGCCCAGUAGAUAUGGUUGAACACAAUGGUGAAUGCAUCUCUCCAUCCGAGUGUCCAUGUUAUUUUGAAUACAAUGAUGUUAACGGCGAAAGCGUUUCUAUUUGGAUGGAAGGAUACGAAUUGGUAGAACCAGUUGGUGGGUGUUGCUACUGUCUAGCUAUCCCUACGACAACACAGUACCCAACAACAUUACCGGCUUGUCAAUACCCUUUGGUCUAUGAGGAAUGUUCUUGUAACAAGACCUGUGAUGGAACAGAGUGUGAAAGCUGCGAGGCAGGAUGCUUCUGCCCUGAAGGUUUGUUCAUGGAAGGCAAUAGAUGCAUUCAGGACAGUCACUGCAAUUGCGUGUACGAAGGUAUAACAUAUUUGGAAAACGAAGUUUUGAUUCGUCCUGGUGGAUUGCAAUGUUGUUAUUGCGAACCAAAACCAACAACAACUCCAAUUAUCUCAACAACUGCGCCUCUUGCAUCCACGCCGAUAAGUACCACGAUUAGCCUGUGCUAUAACGGUUGCUUUGAUGUAGAUCUCCAAAUAUGUUUCCAGGUUAAUGAAACCUGGAAAGGACUGCAUCAUUGCGAGACUUGUGAAUGUGUGCAACCAGGUAAAGAACGUUGUAUUGAAAUCGAAUGCAGUCAUCCAGACGUGUGCCCCAAGGGAUACGAUAAAGUAAAAACGGUUGACGGUUGUUGUUUCGAAUGUGUUCCCGAUCCUUGUCCUAACGAGUUUACGUGCUCAGUUCAUCCUGUAAAAGAAUGUAUGCCCAGUAAAUGGGUAUGUGACGGCACGAUAGAUUGCAGUAAUGGCGCCGACGAAGACCCUGAAAUAUGCGAACAAUGGACAACAACUGUGAAAGGAUCUACACUACCACCACCAGUGUGUGAUAAGACCGACUGUAUCAUCUCACUAACUUGUGAUGAUAUAAGAUUUGGUGCCAAACCACCACCAGUCGAUGAUAAAGUAGCUUCUCAUUGUGCAUCUAAGGAAUGUAUAUGUCCUGAAAACACUGUUGAAUUCAACGGUUUAUGCUACUCAUCACCCAGUGAACAAUGUGUCUGUACAUUACUGGAUGGGGCUAUCGACAUGGAAGGCAAUGCCAUUGAUCAAGCAGUAGAAGGUGAUUACUAUUGGAUUGGAGACUGCCAAUUAUGCAACUGUAAAUACAAUGAAGGACUGAAAGAAUACUACGUCGAGUGUGAAUCCGGAUGUCGCUUACAAGAAAGUGACUGUGAAGUGGGAUAUAUGCUACUCGCCCCGCAGAAUGGAUGUUGUCAGUGCGUACCUAUCACAACUACGACCAUAUCAACGGAAAAAGUUACAAUGCCAACAUCAUCAGAAACUAAAACUACCACAGAAGUUAGUACAACUGGAAUUGAGACAACUUACUCUACGAAAAUUGAAAGUACUAAAACGAUGCCAGUAUCAUCUUCGCGCCCAACGGCGAGUGCAACACCACAACAUUCAACUACCUUCCCGUCAAAUGCUACCAUUUCUUCUACUGCAUCUACUAUUUUACCAACAACCAGAACAGUAUCUCCUACAGUAACCCCAUCGAUACCAUCAACCACUACAAAACGAUUAACUACUUCGUUUCCAGUGUCAUCGACCAUAACUAAACCUUAUACAAUUUCGUCAAAACCUCCAACUUUUACAAGACCAUUAACAACCACAGCACCAAUAUCAUCAACUGUUAUUACACCUAGCCAAUCUUUCACAUCCACCCCAUCAAUACUGUUAAAUACUUCUUUACCAAUGUCAUCAACCGUCGCUAGACCUCAUACAACCGUUUCAUCAAUGUUAACAACUACUUCGAGGCCGUUAACUACAACACCACUGAUGUCAUCAUCUGCCACUAGACCUAGUACGACUGUCUCGUCUAGACCUACUAGACCUAGUACAAUUGCCUCAUCAAUACCAUCAAAAACUACAAUACCUUUCACAACUCAUUUACCGAUUUCAUCAACCAUUCCAAGACAUAGCACAACUAUUCCGUCAAUACCAUCAACCACUUCAAGACCAGUGUCUCCCAUAUCAUUAAGUCAAUCAACCAUUACAGGACUGCACACAACCAUGUCAUCUCCCUCCAGCACAGUACUACCUAGUACCCCGGCAACCAAAAUUUGUUAUGAAUAUGAAGACAUGCAAAUCAUUGCCGAGAAGAUAUUCCCGGAUGCUGUUGAAGCGUCUAGCGAAGCUGAUGGUAGAGAGAAAGAAAAGUCAUCACCCAGAGAGGAAGAGCCUUGGACUUCAAAAAUAUACAAUGGCGCAUGGUUGGAAUACAGCUUCGAAGAACAAACACGUAUUACUAGUGUUGCAACUACUGGUUAUGUCAAUCUCGAUGGUGAUGAAGAGUAUGUGGAGAAAUACACUAUAGAAGUUAGUAAAGACGACCAGCCAGAACGCAACUGGAUUCGACUGCCAAACCGACCUGAAAUUACUAUAUUCCAUGAACCAGUACCUUAUGAAGAUCUUGGCAUUCCACAAGUUGAAGAGGUAUUUUUCGGCAACGAAGAUGCGAAAUCUGUGGUAGAGAAUACUCUUCCAAACAACCUUGAGCCGGUGUUCGCAAUUCGAAUAUCACCAAUGAGGAAUAUGUACAGUACACAACCAAGUCUUAAUAUUCAGUAUUAUGGAUGCAAAGCAUCCACUUCGACAACCAGCAUGGUUAGCACAACGCCUACCACCACAACAGCUGGUGGAACGACGACGACUACAAUGUUCUCCUCGCCGAUAAGCUCAACUCUGAGUACCGUAUACACAACACCAGUCGUUUGCUCUGAAGGCAUGGCGAAUGAGAGACAUAUUCCAGUGGAAGUGACUGCAUCGUCUUCCGACCCUGAAUAUCCGGCUACAGGACUUAUGGAUGAAGUUGAAAGAGCGUGGCGUCCAAUGGCCGGUGAUGACAGCCCGUUUAUAGAGUUUGGUUUUAGUGAGCCGGUAAACGUGUUUAGUAUUAAAAUAUCGGGUGUCAAAUCUCCAGUUGACAACAUUCCAGAUAUGGUUACAUUGUUUCAUGUUCUAUACACAACUGAAGAUGAUGUUACAUACGUUGCCAAAAAGCCGGAGUCGAACACAACUCCAAGAGUUAUAGCUUCCUUUGAUGAUUUUCUGGAAUACCAAGUUGAUGAGAUGUUCAGCCGAGUCAAAGUGGUGCAUGCAACAUCUACUGUGCUGGGUUCCAAUCUGCCUCUAAUUACACGAAUUCGAAUUAUACCAGUGGAAUGGGACAGAGUACCGAUAAUGACAGCUUCAUUCUGGAGUUGCAUAGAAAUGGUUAAAACAACAACCACUACAGUGAAGACAAGUACCCCUUUGACAACUGCCUUUCCUAGCACAAGUACUGAGACAACCACAGUGGAAACUACGAGACAAUCACCGAUUUCAACAACAAAAAGCACAAGCACAAAAUCAGAGACGACGACAAGACCCAUCAGCACUACAGAAUUUUACUGGGACACGUUUUCACCAACUUAUACAACAGUUAUUGAAACAACAAGUGAAGUUACCGAAACUGAAGAAGUGACAACACCAUCUACAACAAAGACUCACACAGAAAUUGAAACAACAUCCGUUCCUGUGACUGCUAGCCAAUCAAUGUCGUCAAGUACAGCUACUAUUACAAGUGAACUCGUCACUACGGGCGAAUCUACUUUCGAAACAAUCACCUACGAAAGCACUUCUGCUUUGAUGCUAAACACUACAAGCGAGUCGUCAACUUCAUUGCCAAUUAGUACGACAUCAUUAAGUUCUACAACGGCUAAGAAAUCUAGUAUAUCAACGUCAUUUAGCACAGUAUCAUCCAUUGAAACAACCGUAACCCCGUUUGUUAGUACAACUACGGAAACAAGUACACGUGUCACCACAUCAACAGACCAUUGUUCCAGGGAAUACGGUAUGGCAACCGAAGAAGUAGUUUUAAGUAGCGCAGAAGCAUCGUCCUGGGAAAUUGAAAGACAUCCAUCAAACCUUUUGAAUAGUCCGCCUGGUCCAUGGAUGCCUUCAAAACACGACACGGUACAAUGGUUAAAGCUCACACUAUUAGACGCAACACGAGUUAGUAGUAUUGGAACAUUAGGAUUUGUGGAAGAAGAUGGCGUUGAAGAAUUUGUUCGUGCUUACACAGUUGAAGUAUCUAGUGAUGGAGGUGACUCUUACUGUCGUCUACAUGCUCCUCGGCAAGGAGAUCCUGCAUAUAUACCAAGGAACUGUGAACCGCAGCCCCUUGAUAGUCUCCUUGACGAAGGUUUCAAUGUCGAACAGAUGUUUUUUGGCAACACUGAUUCUACCAACGAGAAAAUGAAUGAUUUAAAGAUUGACAAGAUUGAUGUUUUGGUGAUCACACUUACUGGAGAAGAUAACAGUUAUAAAAACAAACCAACAAUAGUUGUCAAACUGUAUACAUGUGAAGUGGUUACAACUAUUGAAACCACCACGAACGAGAUAACAACUACCUCACCAGCAACGACCACAUCAAUUACUACUGAGAUAGUACCACCGACAACCAGACACACGACCAUAACUACAACAGAAAAAAUAACGUCUGGUGGAACAUCCACAGUGACACAUGAAACAACCUCUGAACCAGCAAAAACAUCACUGCCACCGUCAUCUACUCAGGUCACAACUCUGUCAAGUACAAGCCAGUCCACAGUGGGGGAAACUACUAAUACAACAGAAACAACAACGACUCAGAGAACUACAACUCGUAUUUCGACAACUGAAUAUAUACCCGAUUGCCAUAAAAUGUGUAACUGUGACGUAACAUGCCCUCCCGACCCUCCAAAUAUUUCCGAAUCUUGUGGAGAGAUUGAUGAGUGUAUUUCAUGCAAAUGUAAUGAAGGGUACACCAAAUGGCUUAACGGUAGAUGCGUAGCUGAUGUUCAACGAUCUUGUCUACAGCUUGUGCCGUGUCAAGAUAAUAUGGAGCCUACUGUAAUCAAUUACAACGCUGUACCAUCGUCAUCGUCAGUUGACAGUAUCAGCUCUGAUGAACCACUAGCCCAACUAGAUGGUAAUUUAUCAUGGUCACCAGAACAAGACUCGCGUGCGGAAUAUAUAGACUUAUUCAAUCACGUACCGUUCAAGGUAUCUGACAUUAGGAUACAAGGUGGUGGAAAAAAUGGACAGUAUGUAACAUCAUUCAACGUGGAGUUUACACAGGAUGGCAAUAUAUGGUUUCCUAUAAUACAUAAUGGAAAUCCCGUGGUAUUUGAUGGUCCAAGUGACUCGAAGACAAUUAAGGAUAUUCCGUUUCCUGUUACUGUGAUUGCUACUGGACUGAGAAUCAAACCACUGGAUUGGCAAAGCGGUAUAAGUUUGCGAAUACAAAUAAAAGGAUGUCCAGUUUUGACAACGACAGAAACUACCACCACCGAGAUAACUUCUACUAUACCAACAACAGCCACAUCGUUAUCUACAAGCAAAUCAGUACCAAGUACAACAUCUACAACUGUAAUAACUACUGAGAAGACAACACCAGAAGGCACCACAGCCACACGUGUUAUGACAACAACUGAAUCUACGACAUCUGAAUCAGUUCCAACAGUAGUAGAAAGUACAUCAACUGUAGUGAGUACUCCCGAAGGCACAACUACAGAAACUGCUACUACUACUUAUGGUCUUACGAGUACAUCUACCGGGACAAGCACCGUAGAAGCGACAACAACUGAAAAAUCCACUACGGAAGGAAUGUCCACAUUUAGUGAGGCUCAAACAACUGAAACUACCAUUUCUGUUCCUUCAACUGCAUCGCAACCAACAACCAAUCGAACUAUAAUAAUGUCAAGUACAACGCAGUCAACAAUCGGAGAAUUUACUUCUACCGCAGAAAUAACGACGACUCAGAUAAUUACAACUCAUAUUUCAACAACUGAAUCUAUACCUGACUGCCAUAAGAUGUGUAACUGUGACGUAACGUGCCCUCCCGACCCUCCAAAUUUAUCUGAAUCCUGUGGAAAGAUCGAUGAGUGUAUUUCAUGCCAGUGUAAUGAAGGGUACACCAAAUGGAUUAACGGUAGAUGCGUGGCUGAUGUUGAAAGAUCUUGUUUACAGCUUGUACCGUGUCAAGAUAAUAUGGAACCAACUGUAAUCAAUUACAACGCUGUACCAUCGUCAUCGUCAGUUGACAGUAUCAGCUCUGAUGAACCACUAGCCCAACUGGAUGGUAAUUUAUCAUGGUCACCAGAACAAGACUCGCGUGCGGAAUAUAUAGACUUAUUCAAUCACGUACCGUUUAAGGUAUCCGAAAUUAGGACACAAGGUGGUGGAAAAGAUGGACAGUAUGUCACAUCAUUCAACGUGGAGUUUACACAGGAUGGCAACAUAUGGUUCCCUAUAUUACAUAAUGGAAAUCCAGUGCUCACAUUAUUAGAAGCGACACGAAUUAGUAGUAUUGGAACAUUCGGAUAUAUGGAAGAAGAUGACAUCGAAGAAUUUGUUCAUAGAUACACAGUUGAAGUAUCCAGUGAUGGAAGUGACUCCUACUGUCGUCUACAUGCUCCUCGACAAGGAGAUCCUGCUUAUCUACCAACUAACUGCGAACCUAAAGAUUAUCCCAGUUUGCUUGACGAGGGUUUCAAUAUCGAGGAGAUGUUUCCUGGAAACACCGAUGCUACCACUGAAAAAAGAAAUGCUUUGGACGAGAACAUUGGCGAAAUUUAUGUAAUGAUGAUAACAUUUACAGGAAGUGAUGAUAGUUAUACCAACAAACCGACAAUGAUUGUUAUACUGUAUACAUGUGUGGAAGUGACAACGACAGAAGCCGCCACCCACGAAGUAACUUCUAUUAUACCAACCACCACAUCAUUGUCUACAAGCAAACCAGUCUCGACAACUACAUAUACAACUGUAAUAACGACUGAGAAAACAACGCCCGAAGGCACCACAACCACACGUGUCAUGACAAGUACACCAAGUGGAUCACCAUCACCACCUUGGUCUACAACUUUGUUCACGUCAUCGGUAUCACCAUACACUACUGUUUCGUCUUCAUGGGCUUCCACGACACAACAGAGUACAACAAAUCCACCAAUAACACCAGUCUGUGCACCACCAUUUGAGUACAGGAACUGUGGAUGUGACCUACAUUGUCAAGAUAUGGCAUUGGAUCCGAAUAAACAAUGUGAAUUAUGUCAACCCGGAUGUUAUUGUCCUGCUGGCAUGAUUCUAGAAGGAAAUCAGUGUAUUGAAAUAGUCGAUUGUCCUUGUUAUUAUGAUUCUCAAUUGUAUAAGUUUGGUGACAUGGUUGUGAUUGAUGAAUGUCAUAGUAGUAUGUGCGCCAUUCAUACUGUACGCAUUGAAGAGGAAGCCUUCACAUAUUGCAACCUCGAUUGUGGACCUGGCAAACAGCUUGUAGAAUAUGGGGAGGAAGAAUGUUGUUACUGUAUUCAAGAAUGCCAACAUGGCCAGGUAUUUAUGGAACAGUGUGCUUGUCUGAGGACAUGUUCAGAUCCAGCGAUUGAGUGUCAGAUCACGACGUGCCAACCCGGGUGUGCUUGUCCACAGGACAUGUUCUGGGACGGGAUGGAAUGUGUUGAUACAUGUACAUGUGAACACAAUGGCAUUGGCGAACAGUGGAUUCCAGACGAAUGUACUAUCUGCACUGCAAGAUGGUCAAGCACAGCAGAGUGCUAUACAGAUUGUGGUGAACAUUGCCAGAAAAUCUGUGGCCCGGACGAAGAACUCAUCAACGAAGGGGCCGACGAUGGUAUAUGUUGUGAAUGUGUGCCCAUAGAUCGAUGCCAUAAACAGGGACAAUCACAACUUGACUAUAUUGCGGUCGGAGACGUAUGGACUGUUGACGAAUGUGAAAGGUGCGAAUGCCUUGAAGCUGGAAAUAUGAAAUGUACAGUGACACAGUGUGCAGACCCACCAUGUGCUUAUGGCGAAGAAGCGUAUAUGGUGGAAGGCGUGUGCUGCCCUCUUUGUUCCCAUGUAUCAACUGAGUUGCCGAAAACAACGAUACACACAUCUACUGUGAUGGCUUGUAAUGAGUUUGACUGUGGUGAUGGUCAGUGUAUUCCAAUAGAAUAUGAAUGUGAUGGACAACGAAAUUGUCUAAAUGGCCACGACGAGGAAUGCACGACACCAUUCACAUCAACAACGCCUGUGUGUGGUCUAGAGUGUGACUGUUUUAUCAGUUGUAUUGGAUCGUUGAGUGGCCAGUGUUACCCGGUGUCAUCAUGUUCAUUUUGCGAGUGUGGUUUUGGUAAAGAAUCUGCCUUUGGAUUCUGUCUUGUGCGAGAGGAGUGUGCAACGACUGCUCCAGUGACUUCGGCAAUGCUGUCCAGCACUGCACCAGAUUGCAAUGUCUUCCUAUCUUGUGAACAACAGAAUGGUUUAACAAGUAACCCGCCCUUUGAACCACUUGGUGCUUGCUUAUUCCAUGAUGGCUGUGACAGUGGCAUUCAAGACAGAUUCGGUACAGGACUGAGGGAUCUGAUUGGCCGGGAAUGGAAUACAAAUAUGUGUGUUACUAUUGAAACUAAUUGUCCAGUGUCUGCCUGCCAACAUAUUGAUGGAUCAUUAUAUCCUGAGGGGUAUGUUAUGGACGUUGAUUGUCAAACAUGUACAUGUACAUUGAUGGAUAGUGCAAACUACCAAUUUGACUGGAAUUGCGUAAAAGACGAUUCUCCAGAAUGCAAUGAAGUUUCCUGUUUUAGGAACGACUGUGUCUAUUCCCCAUCAUGUGGAGAAUACAGACUUGGAUCUUCUAUCCCAAACGAUGCAUUAAUGUUGGUGUUCGACAAUGGAUGCUGGGAACCUGAUGAGUGCGCAUGCCCACCCAAUACACACCUUGACAGCUCAGAUGGUGGUGUAGUACUAUGGGACAGUCAAUUGUGUAUAGUCCACCCUACCAAUUGCCAAGUUGGCUGUGUCUAUGGAAAUGAACUAAUUGAGGUGAACUCCGUAAUAAAUCCAAGCAAAUGUGAUGAAUGCAUUUGUGUGGAACACUAUGUGAACGGUGAUUACAGUUACGAAUUGGUUUGUAAUAAUGUAUGUUCUACAACACCUGGCCUCACUACAAGCACCUCUGUGAUCAGUACAACGCCAGUGUGCUCGAGCGACGAUUUCAUUACCCAUGCUGAUGACUGUACUCGAUGCUUCUGUGAUGUGAACACAGGCCAAUACACUGAAUGUGAAGCUUAUUGUCCGAUAAUGCAAUGUAAUGAGCUACCACUCCUUCAGUUACAACAACGCAAGAAUGUAAGUUUCCCUGAUGUUAUUAUUGUUUCGAUUGUCACAAACAUGAUACAGAAAAAAACUGUUUAUUUGUACAAUGGCAAUUCGGUAACAUACAAUAUAUACAUUGAUGUACAUCGUGCUGUUCCUAUUUGUCUAGACCUUCCAUGUGGAGAAUUGUGCUACUGCUAUCUUGACUGUGGUGGUGAUUUCAGUCAAUGCGAAGAGCCAAUUGAAGGUUGUGCUACAGAUGAUUGCUAUUGCGAUUUCGAUCGAGCUACAGGUAGAAUGAACAAUGGACAAUGUGUUGUUGAGCCACAUAAAGAUAUGUGUACUACCUCGGCUACAACAGUGAAGCUCACAACUGUUACAACAUCACCAGUCACUACGACCAUGCCGAUCACAUUCCAACCAGAUUGCAACGAUCCGUUAGUGGGACAGUUGUCGGAUGUCGGUUACACUCUAUACGGGUCCUCUGAGGUACCCGACAGGUCAGCACAGUCAGCUUUUAUUGAUAGCAAGGCUCCAUGGUCUCCUGAUUCGCUUGAUAAUGCACCAGCAUUGUUUGUACACUUCUAUCAACCAACACAUCUUACUGGUAUAGUCUUGCAAGGAUUUGGCGAAGAAAAAGUUACAGCAUUUCAAGUUUACUACAGUAAUACCGGAGAGCCCAAUGACUGGCACCCAGUUACCAGUGGACCAUCUGCUCUGCCAACAAUUGCCAAGAUCUACCCUGGGCUAAAAGGUGAUGCUAAUAUACCAGUGAAGCGCGUGUUACCAAUGGACCUUCCCCCUGCAACCCACUACAAGAUUCAACCAACACCCAAUGGUUUUGUUAACAGAAUAAGUAUGCGAAUACAAUUGCACGGGUGUCCAGAAUUAGUGACAACGACUACAGUAUCAACUACAACCUCUAUUCAAACUACCACAAGUUCUUGUAUUGAAGAAUGCAGCUGUAUAGUUGAUUGUUAUCAUAAGUUAGCAGGCGCACGAGUUGUUUCUCCAUGCGAAAGUAAAGAAGAAUGUCAAUCGUGCAUGUGUCCAGAAGGAAGUAUUAGAGAUGAUAUUUGGGGCUCUUCACAAUGUUUGCAGCUACCGUCAAAAUGCCCAGGUUGUAUUUACAAUGAAAUUGAGUACCAGAUGGGAGAAACUGCAUGGGAGGGCAGCUGUCAAUCAUGUACUUGUGAAUUGAUGGUUGAUAACAAUGGCAACACAUAUCAUGGAAUGAACUGUCGAGUUGGGUGUAAUUUGACUGAAGCAUAUUGUGCGAAGCAAGGCCUGGUUUUGGACAACAGUGAAGGUGUCUGUUGUGAAUGCAGAGCCAUAAGCACAGCAAGUGUUACUACAUCAGUUAUCACAACAGAGGUUACAAGCUCUCCCGAAGGAACAACCACCGUCGAAACAACCGAGACAUCUGCAGUUACUACUGUCACUACCCCAGCAACUACACAACCUUUAAGCCCAACCAUGAAAACUACUUACGUUACAUCAUCAAUCCCAUCAACCACCUCACAGUCAUCAACAACUGAAUCGAGCAAGACAGCAGCGUCUAGUUCCAUGCACAGUACCGUUGCACUCACAACAACUGCCUUUGCUACAUCUGUAACGACAACAAAAGGAUAUUCGACUGAAGAAAGCACGACUUAUGCAUCACCAAGUGGUUCUCCAUCCCUUUCAGUUAGCCCUGCAGGAACCACAACUCAGAAUGUAUCAACUAUUCCAUACGUUUCAUCUACGUUGUCAUCGAUGAGCUCUACCCCACACGUGUCGGCAACACUACCCAAAACCACACCCGUUUCUACAACCAGUGUAAUCACCACUGCAACACGAGCAUGUAGGUUUGAUGAAGCCAUGGAGUUGAUUUCAUUGCCGAAACACGUAUAUAGAACGUCAUCUUCGACUGAUGAGAUAAAGAAUUCAUGGACACCCUUGGAAUAUGAUUAUGCACAUCCUUGGAUAGAGUACGAACUAGAAAAUCCCAGUGACGUGAUCAAAAUUUCCACAAAGGGAUACAUUGGCGAGGAAGACGAGUAUGUAACAUAUUAUACUGUAGAUGUAUCAGAAGAUGGGACUGAUUUUAUCAGACUUGAAAAUCCAAAACAAUCUUCUAACCCGAUCUUCCCAGAUGAUGUUAAUCCUGCAGAGGUAUUUGUGGGUAAUGAAGAACCAAAUGUCAUUGCUACCAAUGAAUUGCCUCCAGUCCCAGGCGUGGCAGUGCGGUUUGUGAGGAUUUCACCAAUAGCAUACAAUAGCAAACCAACGUUGUUGGAUGUUGAAUUAGAAGGAUGUGAAGAAUUCAGUGUUACAACUGAAGAAUCAACUACUGUUGUGAUCACUGAGGAAUCAACAACUACUCAAUAUUCAACCAUAACAACAGAGGUAACUCGUCCUCAGUCGACAGUUUCUACAGUGUCCACUACCACCGUUGUACCUACCACUAAUACGGAGCCCGUCACAAUAGUGAAGACAACUAGCCAAACAACAACUGAGGGAGAAUUGACAACUACAAUUGUAGAAACUACAAGUGAAGAAAUGUCGCCAACACCAGGUGCUUGUGAAUCAGAUAUGUCAGCUGAGUACGCUCCUUUGCUUGAGAUAGAAAGUCACGAUUCGUCUUCUGGUCACCGUAGUGUGGAAGACAAUGUUAUAACAUGGACUGAUAGUGAUCCAGAAAAAGAUAAACAGUGGAUUAAAUUGAAAUAUCCGAGACCUAGUCAAGUAAUGCAAGUCGCGACAACAGGUUACGACGGCGAUUUUAUUGAAUCGUAUACUGUUGAUGUUUCAACGGAUGACAAAAAUUACUAUAGAUUGAAUAACGGGGAAGAACGCGGACCAGAACCAGAAUCAUCUCCUUUCAAAAAACUGUUAAAUAAAGACCCACUACCAGAACAGAUAUUCCGAGGUAAUGAGGACUCUAUCAAUGAAAAGACGAAUGACAUCUUCUUACCAGAAGAAAUGUCUUGGAGUAUACAGUACAUUGUAAUUACUCCACGUUUUUAUGAAGGGUCAAUAUCCAUGGUAAUCAGUACAAAGGGAUGCUCUCCAGAGGUAACAACUACUAUUCUAUCAACUACCACCACAUAUACAACUCCAGAGUCAACGACCAGUGAGACAACAACCGUUAAUACUACAGUGUCACCAACUGGCCCAACCACAACUAUAUCAACAAGCACAACUGAGAAAAAAACCGGAGAGACCAGUACAAUAUACACUACUACCAAAACAACUACUUCAUCGCCGGUAACAACAACUAUUGCUGAGACAACGUCAACAGUGAUAUCCACACCAUAUGUUAUAACAACAAAUGAGACAACUUUAUCGGAGUCUACGAGUCCAGAGGGAACGACCACUAUAGUUUCUACCACUGGAAGUAUGGCUCCUUCACCUUCAUCUGAAAUUCCCAUCAGCCAUCUUUGCAUAAAUGAAGCUGGAAUGGAAGAGAUUGUCGAACUUGGCGUAACACAGCCUUUUACUGAUGAACUUGACGAUCAGGAAACCCCGUCGAUUGUAUUCGAGUUGAAAGAAAACAGUAAUGUGGUAGAAGUGACAACCUCGGGACUUUCAGAUGUUGGAGGAGAUGAGUAUGUGACAUAUUAUGCAGUUGAACUAUCAACUGAUGGUUUUAAUUUUAUGAGAGUUAGAAACCCAAAGAAAAUAAGACCUGGGAUUGAUGCAUUGAUACCGGCUAAUUGGGGCAUAGUGGAUGACGAGAUAUUUAAGGGUAAUCAAAAUGGACAAGAUGUAGUUACAAACUACCUACCUGACCUACAAGGAUUCCCAGUGAAAUUCAUUAAAUUAAUACCCGUUGAAUUUGAAUACAAGCCGACAUUAUUGAACGUUGUCUUUAAAGGAUGUCAAGCUGCAGCUCCGCCUCAGUCAACAGUUACAAGUAGUACAGUGUCCACUACCACCUUUGUACCAACUACUAGUUGGGAACCUACGUCAACAGUGAAGACAACUAGCCAAACAACAACUGAAGGGGCAAUAACAACUACAAUUGUGGAAACUACAAGUGAAGAAAUAUCGCCAACACCUGAAGUAACAACCACUGUUUCAUCAACCAACACUAUUAUAAGCAGUAUGACUGGGUCCACCGUGAGCGAGUCAACAACUGUCAAGUCAACUAGCACACCUUCUGGACCAACCACAAGUGAAACAACAACCGUGAAGACAACAACUACCCCAGAGACCAAUACUACUGUUGUGUACACUACUACACGACCAAGUCCGUCGACUUUAGUGACAACAGUUCCGAAAGAUUCAAACAGUCAGUACACGCCAACUCAAAAGACCCCAUCACAAAUAAGUACAACUGCCACAGGAUGUUUCUACCAAAAUGUUAUGUAUGAUAUCGGUGAAACUUUACCUCUGACGUCCGAAGACCCGUGUAUUACUAUAAACUGUACACAUCAUGGUGUCGAAUACCAUAGCAUCAAAAACAGUUGCUCCUAUACAUGCCCACCCAGUAGUUCUGAAAACUGUCGACACAGUACAGAAGAAGUAGAAAUUCAAGUGGAUGGUUGUGUGACUGUUAAGCCAGUGAUGGUACCCAAGACGUAUUGUGCAGGACGAUGUAUAUCCAAUGCUACUGUUAUGUUUACUGGAGACUACAUACAAGCCGACUGUAAAUGUUGUAAGCCAAUAGAAAUGAGAAAAGCGGAGAUGGAACUUGUGUGUCAAAAUGGAGAUGGAACCGAAUUUCAACAAUCAUAUGAAUACGUUGUUAUCGAGAAAUGUGAAUGCGAAGCGUGUUCGUACAAUCCGUUCUCGCCACAAGUUGCUGAUGAGUUAGACCUAGCAGUUAUCCCAGAUGAAGUUCAAUAA